AUGGCAACUGAUACAGAUUCCAUUCAAAAGAACAAUCGAUCUGAGUUUCAGCUCGACAAUGAAGUGUCGAGCCUGUCAGAGCCACAACAGUUCGCUCCUGAGCUAGAGAAUAACGACGAGGAAGCUCAGAGAGUGAGAACCCAUAAUACCAUUGAAGAUGCUGGUGAUGGUACCAAAGCAUCAGAUCAAUUAUUGCAUGGGGUUCCCUUGAUUUUGUGCGCUGUGUCCCUUCUGUUGUGCAUGUUUUUGGUCGCUUUAGAUCAGACUAUUAUUGUUACUUUACUUUCAACUGUUGGUAAUAAGUUCGGUGAUUUUGGUAAAAUCUCAUGGAUUUCUUCAGGUUUCUUGCUUCCUACGGCUAUUUUGGCUAUGAAUUGGGGUAAGAUUUCCCUUAUCUUUGGCCGUAAAUAUACCAUGCUGGUUGCAAUUAUCUUGUUUGAGGUCGGCAGUCUUAUCUGUGCUUUAUGCAAUUCUAUGGAUAUGCUUAUUGGUGGCAGAGUUAUUGCUGGUAUUGGCGGUGGUGGUAUUCAAGUUAUGGUAUUUGUUAUCCUUACCGAAAUCGUUUCAAUUGAGAAGAGAGGUAUAAUCCAAGGUUUGGUGGCUAUCAGUUUUGCAGUAGCUUCAGUAGUGGGCCCUCUCGUGGGUGGUGCUUUUACUGAGCAUGUGUCUUUCAGAUGGUGUUUCUAUAUCAAUCUUCCUAUUGGAGGUGUUGCAUUUGCGUGUAUCUGGUGGUUCUUUAACCCACCUCUACCCAAGGGCACCCUCAAAGAGAAGCUUUUGAAAAUUGAUUAUAUCGGUACUGUCUUGCUAGCCGUCGGCCUUGUUUUGGUAUUGCUUGCUCUUACUUUCGGUAGUAUCAGCACUCCUUGGAACUCGGCUCUUGUUAUCAGUUUUUUCACCAUUGGUGGUGUUGUCGUUGUGGCAUUUAUUGCUUAUAACUUCAGUCUCUCCAAGAACCCCUUACUUCCUUGGGUGGUUGUUCGUGUUUGGCGAGUCGACGUUGUCUGUGUUGCGUUUUUCAUGACAUUCGGAUCUUUCAUGGCUGCUGUUUUGUACUUGUCGACCUUUUUCCAAGUAGUUUUGAACGCUGAUGCAAUGCACUCUGGUAUCGAUUUGUUACCAAUGAUUAUCCCAGUUGUCUUGUGUUCUGCUUCUGGUGGUAUUUUCAUUUCCAAGACUGGUAUUACCAAGCCAAUUGCAAUCGCAGGGGCUGUUUUUGCAACUGUUGGUUUUGGAUUAUGUUCGUUGCUCGAUGAGCACUCUUCCUCAAGUAAGCGUAUUGGAUACUUGAUUGUACCCGGUAUUGGUGUUGGUUUAUCAUUCCAAUCCUUAACUUUGAAUGCCCAAUUAGCUGCUCCUAAGCAAAAUGGUGGUGUGCUCAUUGCAACCUCUAUGAUUGCGUUCUCUCGUUCCAUUGGUGGUGUCAUUGGUAGUACUGUUGGUCAAACUAUCCAGUCUGUUUCAUUCAAAACAUCUCUUAAGGAAAUCAAGGGUAUUCCCUCUACUGUUGACUUGACUCAACUUGUAAACUCACCUGAACUUAUUCGUACUUUGCCCCAAGAGGUACAAGGACCCAUUAUCCAAGCAUUUAUCAAGGCUUUCCAUAGAGUCAUGUACUUUGCUAUUGCAAUGGCUGGAGUCGCAUUUAUCACUGAACUUUUCUUUACCAAUCAGCGAAUUCCUAUCGGUCAAAAACAGGGUCCCCCAGCUCCUGCCCAACCUGAUACCAAUAAGCUGGAAAAAUCAGAUUCCAUGUUGGAACCAACUAAGGAGCAGUCUGAUUAA